UCUUUUUUAGAAUCGCAAUGCACGCGUUCCAUUGAUGCAAUUGAAAGAGUGAGAAUGGAGAGCGAAUUAAGAAUUGUAGUGAAAUGGAGUGGAAAAGAAUACGAUAUCCUCGAUAUUCAAGAGGAAGAUACAGUUCUUACUCUGAAAGAGCGUAUACACAGAGAAACAGGUGUUCGUCCGGAACGUCAAAAACUGUUAAAUUUAAAGUUUAAAGGCAAGGCAGCACAAGAUGAAGACAUAAUCGGUAAAUUAAAUUUGAAGCCUGGAUUCAAACUAAUGUUAAUGGGUUCGCGUGAGGAAGAUAUUGCUGAGGUCAGUCAAGCACCUGAGGAUGUACCUGAUGUAAUAAAUGAUCUAGAUAUAGAAGAGGAGGAAGUAGAGAUUGAGAAGGCUGAAAUAAAUCUUCGUAAAAUUCAGAUACGAAUCGAUCGCUAUAUAAUCACAGAGCUGAAUCCUUUAAGAAAUGGUAAGAAGCUUCUUGUACUAGACAUAGAUUACACUUUAUUUGAUCACAGGUCAGUGGCAGAGAGCGGAGCACAGCUAAUGCGUCCGUAUCUCCAUGAAUUUUUGACUCGUGCUUAUAAAAAUUAUGAUAUAGUCAUCUGGUCAGCAACUAGCAUGAGAUGGAUCAAUGAGAAAAUGAAGCUUUUGGGAGUCUCAAAUCAUCCAAACUAUAAAAUAGCUUUUCAUCUGGACGUCCUUGCCAUGAUCACUGUUCAUACACCGAAAUAUGGGGUUGUUGGAGUAAAGCCACUGGGUAUUAUUUGGGGAAAAUACAAGCAGUUCUCCGCGAAAAAUACAAUAAUGUUUGAUGAUAUCAGACGAAACUUCAUAAUGAAUCCGCAGUCAGGAUUGAGAAUAAAACCUUUCAAACAUGCUCAUACAAGCAGAGUCAAAGACUUUGAACUGCUGAAACUAUCAAGAUAUUUAGAAUUGAUAGCCGAUGUUGAGGAUUUUCAAAUCCUUAAUCAUAGAAAAUGGGAAGAAUACAAACCGAAAAAGAACGAUCACAGCAAUGAACAGACUAGCAGCAAUGAUAAACAAUAAAUUUUGGCGAAACUUAUUGUUCUUCAUGCCACCUUGACCAAUUGAUUGAUAGAAGAGACAUUGAUUGACAGAAGAAAUACAGAGACUUCAAGAUUAUAUAUGAUGAAGCGAAUGCAUGAAGAAAAUGCAUUUGUCGGAUGUUUUAAAAUCAUGACUGAAAAUGACAAGGCUGUCCUAUGUUGGAUAGAACGAUGAUUAACUUAAAUCAGUUUACAUCAGUUUCUUCUCAUUGCAAAAAAAUGACGCGUGAUAUUUAGGUCUGUUCGUUUGGAUUUUUUGCACUUAGAAUUUUUGCUUUCAAUAUUCAAAUAUAUAUUUAUUUCGUUUUAUGUAUAUUCGUUAAUGCAAAAUUUUUUAGAGAUUUUAAGCAACACGACAAAUCUAUAGCAAUUUUUUUGAAAACAUACAUAUUUUCACAUUUUUCUUAUUCUAUGUAUUUGUAAUCAUUGGUUGUGUAUACACAUGUAUAGCGAUUUAAAUAAAAGGUAUGGAGUGGUUAA